AGGCAGCCUGUGAUUGGCUCGCGGCCUCGACGUGCGCCUGCGCGUUAGUUCCUGCCGCGGCGGGUCCCGGAAGUCGCUAUAAAUGGUCGCGCGGCGGGCGCCGUUGCCUCUCGAGCUGCAGGUAAGGCUGAGUUUGGCCGCUCGGCGCCCGCUGAAAGUCACCUGCGGCCUUGCCCGUGGCCAUGGGUGAGACUCGGCGCCCAGAGCAUGGGGGCUUUAGCUCACCGCCCACUUUUGGUGUGGGGAGGUGAAACCCAGGCCCCGACAGCGCCCUGCGCGACUUCCCCCCUCGAUCCUCCGUCCCCGCCCAGCGGCGCGACCCCCGGCUCCCCGACCCCGCUCAACCGGCCCGCCUUCUGUCCGCAGGGAGCUCGGACCAUCGGACCGUCAGACCCCGAGAGCCGGCGCCAGCGCUGCGGAGCAGGGGCGGGGAUGGGGCCCGUCCCCCCUUUUCAAUAAAGUUGCUGAUGUUGUAUUUGUGCUUUUCUCUUUUCUUCUCGCCCUGCUUUCUCCUCUGGGUUAGAAACUGGGGUGCCCUGUGAGACGUUGGUGCGCCCCGAGCCUCGCAGGUGGGCCGGGCCGCAUGAGAACAGGUGGGCAGCGUCACUCCGUUCCUUUAUCCCCUAGAGUUGGGGCGGCGGCCCUCCACCUGGCUGCCAACCAGAACCUCCCUCCUAUGAUGUGUUUGGGAGACCAGUGGUCAGCGCCCCCAAGGCAGGGCUUCUGGGGGCAUGUUUGUUGUCUCGCCGUCCUGCUCCUGCUCUGGAACGGGAGAGAGCAAGUCAGCGGUGCCAGAGGCCCAACCAGGGCUGUGGUUGGCUGGGGCCAGACAAUGCCACUGUGAUGUCAGCUGCCGCUGCUGUGAAAUGGAGCCGCCUCUGCCCCCCAGCUCAGUGGAGCUGCCGCCCAGAUCUGGAGCAUGGUGAGCCACCAGGCUUGGCCCGAGCCAGCCGAGAAGCGCAGAGCCCAUCACUGGUCAAGGGGGGGCAGGCCCAGACAGGGGAAGGUUGCUGUGGGGCUAUGGGAGGCUUCUGAGGAUGGGUUGGUCCUCAGAGUGGGUACGGGCCCAGGCCCCCACCUGGGCUCGGGGUGUCCACCUCUCCAUCCCCAACCUCCCUGGAGCUGGUCCAGGCUGAGUGUGGAGUCGGUUCUAAUGCCAGUUGCCUUGCAGAGUGGCGGGUACGAUCUCAACCUCUUCGCCAGCCCCCCGGACUACAACUUCCUGUGCUCUGUCUGCCAUGGGGUCCUCAAGAGGCCCGUGAGGCUGCCCUGCGGCCAUGUCUUCUGCAAGAAGUGCAUUGUCCGCUGGCUGGCCAGGCAGAAGACGUGUCCCUGCUGCCGGGAAGAGGUGAAGCAGAGAAAGAUGGUCCACGUGCACAGACUCCGGAAGACCAUAGGCCGCCUGGAGGUCAAGUGCAGGAACGCUGAGGCCGGCUGCUUGGUCACCUGCCCUCUGGCCCAUCGCCGGGGACACCAGGACUCAUGCCCUUUCGAGCCGAUGGCCUGCCCCAACGAGGGCUGUGCAGCACGGGUGCCACGCAGGGCCCUAGCUGAGCACAGGCAGAGCUGCCCGCUCUCGGCCCAGCAGCGCUGCCCCCUGGGCUGCGGAGCCACACUGGGCCCGGCCGAGCGUGCACGCCACAACUGCUACCGCGAUCUGCGUGAGGCGUGGAGUCGGAGCCUGGAGCGCAGCCGCGGGCUGCUGCUCUACCUGGUGCGCCACACACGCAAGAUGCACCAUGCCACCGGCCUCCUUCGGCGACAGUUGGCCCAGCUGGGGGACUUCCUGGAGGAGGACGCCCAGGUGGUGGGUGGAGAGGCCCUACCAGGGGCUGUGACUGCCACUGAAGACAGCCUGGGGACUGAGGUGGGACAGCCCAGGGCUCAGGUUCCUUGCACAUAGAGGGGUAAAUAAACGCGGAGCCCAGGCCUGGCCUGUCUACCACAUAGACCUGUAGGCCUUCGUCCUUGUCACAUCCACUGACCCGUCCACUUCCAGGCACAGACAGAGGGGAGCAGGUGCCCACAGGAGCCGGGGAGGGGGCAGAAGCUAUGCAGGGCCUGUCGGGCAGCCCUGAGCACCUACCCCAGCUGAGUGGCUGCUCUUCCCGGCCCCUCCCCCCUAGGGUCAUUCCUGACCGUGCCCACUUUCUCCAGCCGCUGAUGGCCGCCCCGUUCCUGGAAGAGCGCCGUGCAGGCGGUGUACUGCCCAAUAAACAUCAGCUGUUCCCUGAUUUCAUGUACUGCGUGUUUAUCGGAACCGGGCGCCCCACCAAGGCUGCUCCCUUCAUGAUUCGGGGGCAGGAGCCAGAGCUAAGCCUAAGGCUGAUUCCGGGAGAGCUGCAGGCUGAGCUCAACGCUUUCUCGGCCUCAUGCCUGAGUCUGAUUCCCUAAGCAUAGGACCAGAGAAGCCCCUGAGCGCCGCCGGGUGUGGCCAAAACCCAAAGACGAGACAAAAGGCAGGUCGCUUGGCCACCUCUGACCCGGAGCCGCAGCACCGAUGCCUUCGUCCCGGCCUCCCAGCCUUUCUGGGGGGGUAGGGGGGUCAGACUUGGCAAUGCUCAGGGCUGACUCCUGGCUCUGCGCUCGGGGACCAUACGGGUGCCCGGGAUUGAACCCGCCCGCACUGCUGCCGCGGCGCGCGCGUUG